GAAAAAAGCCGUUUAUUUUUUUUUUUUCCGGGAAAAAGGGAAAUUUACUCUCUCCCGAAAUCUUCCGCUCCGAGUUUACUUCCGUUGGUUUAAACACUGGUUUUUGUCGAUGAUCUGGGAAAAUCUGUUUCGACUCGGUGUGGGAGUGAAAAUUGACUCGGUCUUCGAUUUCUCUCUCUUUCUCUCUCUAGUUUGCUGGUGAUUAGGGUUUUUCUUCGAUAAAUUCGUGCCGGAAAUUCGAGGAAUUAGCUCCCAUUUGGAGCUGGGUUAUGCUUAAUCUCGGGGGUUUGAUGGCGUUUUAGUGGGAAGAAUCGGGGAGACGAAUCGGAGAAAUGUCGGGAGACGCCUUCAGUGCAAGCCUGCAGCAUCCCCCGGUGCCGUCGCCGCCGGUGAUGGAUAACUUGCGCUUGGCCUUCGGCUGCGGCGACGGGCCGGUGGUCCCCUACAAGCCGGCCGCGGCGCCCGCUCCGGCCGCCGUCAACGGCGAGAUCGGCGGCGGGGCGGACGGGCUGAACAUGAACGUGGUGGGAGAGCCGGCGGCGAAGAAGAAGAGAGGGAGGCCGAGGAAGUACGGGCCGGAAGGGUCGAUCGCGUUGGCGCUCAACUCUGGGAGUGCGGGCCACGCGGCUCUGUCGCCCGCCGGCGGAGGAGGAUUCGGGUCCCCACCUGCUCCGCCGUCGCACGGUGGCUCCCCGACUUUUGCUGCCCCUCAGUCUGGAGAUUCCGGGUCGGCUAGUCUGUCGAAGAAAAGGGGCAGGCCUCCUGGAUCGAGCAACAAGAAGCGGCGAUCGGAAGCUCCGGGAACUGGUGGGAUGGGAUUUGCGCCACAUGUGAUCACUGUUAAAGCUGGAGAGGAUGUAUCAUCAAAAAUAAUGUCAUUUUCCCAGAAUGGUCCAAGGGCUGUUUGUGUAUUGUCUGCAAAUGGAGCUAUAUCUAAUGUGACACUUCGCCAACCUGCCACAUCUGGUGGUACUGUGACUUACGAGGGGCGAUUUGAAAUACUGUCACUUUCUGGAUCAUUUCUUCUAUCGGAUAGUGGUGGACAUCGCAGCAGAACUGGAGGCUUGAGUGUGUCUUUGUCUGGCCCAGAUGGUCGUGUUUUAGGUGGUGGGGUGGCGGGUCUUCUAACUGCAGCAUCCCCUGUUCAGGUUGUCGUGGGCAGUUUUAUGGCUGAAGGUCGUAACGAAAAAUCCGCCAACCAAGUUGAGUCCUUUUUGGUUCCAGGAAAAUUUGGCUCCAGUGGACCGCUUGUUGGGCCUAAUAGCCCACCAUCCCAUGGGACACUCAGUGAAUCAUCUGGUGGGCCUGGGAGUCCGCUGAACCAGAGUACAGGCAUCUGCAACAACAGUAACUCACAAGGCAUGUCUAGCAUGCCAUGGAGGUAAAACUAAAUUUGAACUGAUCCUGUGUCCAGUGUGGUGGCAUAGGUCGCUGACCCCUUAUGUUUGCUGAUGUUGUAAGUUUAGGGACAUGUAGCUCGAAGCCCUUUAGGAGAUUAGUUUAAUAAGGACGUGAGUCCUUGAAACCAGAUUUAGUACAAGUCCCUCUGUAUUUCCGUCAUUUAAUGGCUUAGGAACUCGUCGCAAUGCUAUUAUCGCUAGAACUUCUAGGUAGGACGUUAUUGUUUCGUUAUGCUUCAGACUGUAACUUUAACCUUCAGGUUGUUGGAUCGUACCGGAAUAUGUACUUUCUUCAUCAAUAUGAAUCAUUUCUGCAUC